GGAGCGUCCCGGCUUCUCCCGCGCGGCGGGCGAGCAAGCGAGCGGCAGGACCAGCGGGCGGGGGCCCACGAACACAUGCCUCACUCCUGUCAGCAGUUCCGCCUUUUCAUGGUUGAGGAGCACAUGUGGUCGCCGGCUUCCCAUCUCCAGAGUCCCCUAAGGCGAGCAAAAGCUGGCAGGCUGACAGAGGCGGCCUCAGGACGGACUUUCUGGCUACUGACCGUUUUGCUGUGGUUUUCCCGGAUUGUGUGUAGGUGUGAGAUCAACCAUGAGUUCCGUUGCAGUUUUGACCCAAGAGAGUUUUGCUGAACACCGAAGUGGGCUGGUUCCGCAACAAAUCAAAGUUGCCACUCUAAAUUCAGAAGAGGAGAGCGACCCUCCAACCUACAAGGAUGCCUUCCCUCCACUUCCUGAGAAAGCUGCUUGCCUGGAAAGUGCCCAGGAACCCGCUGGAGCCUGGGGGAACAAGAUCCGGCCCAUCAAGGCUUCUGUCAUCACUCAGGUGUUCCACGUACCCCUGGAGGAGAGAAAAUAUAAGGAUAUGAACCAAUUUGGAGAAGGCGAACAAGCAAAAAUCUGCCUUGAGAUCAUGCAGAGAACCGGUGCUCACUUGGAGCUGUCUUUGGCCAAAGACCAAGGCCUCUCCAUCAUGGUGUCAGGAAAGCUGGAUGCUGUCAUGAAAGCUCGGAAGGACAUUGUUGCUAGACUGCAGACUCAGGCCUCAGCAACUGUUGCCAUUCCCAAAGAACACCAUCGCUUUGUUAUUGGCAAAAAUGGAGAGAAACUGCAAGACUUGGAGCUAAAAACUGCAACCAAAAUCCAGAUCCCACGCCCAGAUGACCCCAGCAAUCAGAUCAAGAUCACUGGCACCAAAGAGGGCAUCGAGAAAGCUCGCCAUGAAGUCUUACUCAUCUCUGCUGAGCAGGACAAACGUGCUGUGGAGAGGCUAGAAGUAGAAAAGGCGUUCCACCCCUUCAUCGCCGGGCCGUAUAACAGACUGGUUGGCGAGAUCAUGCAGGAGACAGGCACGCGCAUCAACAUCCCCCCACCCAGUGUGAACCGGACAGAGAUUGUCUUCACUGGAGAGAAAGAGCAGUUGGCUCAGGCUGUGGCUCGCAUCAAGAAGAUUUAUGAGGAGAAGAAAAAGAAGACUACAACCAUCGCAGUGGAAGUGAAGAAAUCCCAACACAAGUAUGUCAUCGGGCCCAAAGGCAAUUCAUUGCAGGAGAUCCUUGAGAGAACUGGAGUUUCUGUUGAGAUCCCACCCUCAGACAGCAUCUCUGAGACUGUAAUACUUCGAGGCGAACCUGAAAAGUUAGGUCAGGCGUUGACUGAAGUCUAUGCCAAGGCCAAUAGCUUCACCGUCUCCUCUGUCGCCGCCCCUUCCUGGCUUCACCGUUUCAUCAUUGGCAAGAAAGGGCAGAACCUGGCCAAAAUCACUCAGCAGAUGCCAAAGGUUCACAUCGAAUUCACGGAGGGCGAAGACAGGAUCACCCUGGAGGGCCCUACAGAGGAUGUCAACGUGGCCCAGGAACAGAUAGAAGGCAUGGUCAAAGAUUUGAUUAACCGGAUGGACUAUGUGGAGAUCAACAUCGACCACAAGUUCCACAGGCACCUCAUUGGGAAGAGCGGCGCCAACAUAAACAGAAUCAAAGACCAGUACAAGGUGUCCGUGCGCAUCCCUCCUGACAGUGAGAAGAGCAAUUUGAUCCGCAUCGAGGGGGACCCACAGGGCGUGCAGCAGGCCAAGCGGGAGCUGCUGGAGCUUGCAUCUCGCAUGGAAAAUGAGCGUACCAAGGAUCUAAUCAUUGAGCAGAGAUUUCAUCGCACAAUCAUUGGGCAGAAGGGUGAACGGAUCCGUGAAAUUCGUGACAAAUUCCCAGAGGUCAUCAUCAACUUUCCAGACCCAGCACAAAAAAGUGACAUUGUCCAGCUCAGAGGACCUAAGAAUGAGGUGGAAAAAUGCACAAAAUACAUGCAGAAGAUGGUGGCAGAUCUGGUGGAAAACAGCUAUUCAAUUUCUGUUCCGAUCUUCAAACAGUUUCACAAGAAUAUCAUUGGGAAAGGAGGCGCAAACAUUAAAAAGAUUCGUGAAGAAAGCAACACCAAAAUCGACCUUCCUGCAGAGAAUAGCAAUUCAGAGACCAUUAUCAUCACAGGCAAGCGAGCCAACUGCGAAGCUGCCCGGAGCAGGAUUCUGUCUAUUCAGAAAGACCUGGCCAACAUAGCCGAGGUAGAGGUCUCCAUCCCUGCCAAGCUGCACAACUCCCUCAUUGGCACCAAGGGCCGUCUGAUCCGCUCCAUCAUGGAGGAGUGCGGCGGGGUCCACAUUCACUUUCCCGUGGAAGGUUCAGGAAGUGACACCGUUGUUAUCAGGGGCCCUUCCUCAGAUGUGGAGAAGGCCAAGAAGCAGCUCCUGCAUCUGGCGGAGGAGAAGCAAACCAAGAGUUUCACUGUAGACAUCCGCGCCAAGCCAGAAUACCACAAAUUCCUCAUCGGCAAGGGGGGCGGCAAAAUUCGCAAGGUGCGCGACAGCACUGGAGCACGCGUCAUCUUCCCUGCGGCUGAGGACAAGGACCAGGACCUAAUCACCAUCAUUGGAAAGGAGGACGCCGUCCGAGAGGCACAGAAGGAGCUAGAGGCCUUGAUCCAAAACCUGGAUAAUGUGGUGGAAGACUCCAUGCUGGUGGACCCCAAGCACCACCGCCACUUCGUCAUCCGAAGAGGCCAGGUCUUGCGGGAGAUUGCUGAAGAGUAUGGCGGGGUGAUGGUCAGCUUCCCACGCUCGGGCACACAGAGCGACAGAGUCACCCUCAAGGGUGCCAAGGACUGUGUGGAGGCAGCCAAGAAACGCAUUCAGGAGAUCAUUGAGGACCUGGAAGCUCAGGUGACAUUAGAAUGUGCUAUACCCCAGAAAUUCCAUCGAUCUGUCAUGGGCCCCAAAGGUUCCAGAAUCCAGCAGAUUACUCGGGAUUUCAGUGUUCAAAUUAAAUUCCCAGACAGAGAAGAGAACCCAGUUCACAGUACAGAGCCAGUUGUCCAGGAGAAUGGGGACGAAGCUGGGGAGGGGAGAGAGGCUAAAGAUUGUGACCCCGGCUCUCCAAGGAGGUGUGACAUCAUCGUCAUCUCUGGCCGGAAAGAAAAGUGUGAAGCUGCCAAGGAAGCCCUGGAGGCAUUGGUUCCUGUCACCAUUGAAGUAGAGGUGCCCUUUGACCUUCACCGUUACGUUAUUGGACAGAAAGGAAGUGGGAUCCGCAAGAUGAUGGAUGAGUUUGAGGUGAACAUACAUGUCCCGGCACCUGAGCUGCAGUCUGACAUCAUCGCCAUCACGGGCCUCGCUGCAAAUUUGGACCGGGCCAAGGCUGGACUGCUGGAGCGUGUGAAGGAGCUACAGGCCGAGCAGGAGGACCGGGCUUUAAGGAGUUUUAAGCUGAGUGUCACUGUAGACCCCAAAUACCAUCCCAAGAUUAUUGGGAGAAAGGGGGCAGUAAUUACCCAAAUCCGUUUGGAGCAUGACGUGAACAUCCAGUUUCCUGAUAAGGACGAUGGGAACCAGCCCCAGGACCAAAUUACCAUCACAGGGUACGAAAAGAACACAGAAGCUGCCAGGGACGCUAUAUUGAGAAUUGUGGGUGAACUUGAGCAGAUGGUUUCUGAGGACGUCCCGCUGGACCACCGCGUUCACGCCCGCAUCAUCGGUGCCCGCGGCAAAGCCAUUCGCAAAAUCAUGGACGAAUUCAAGGUGGACAUUCGCUUCCCACAGAGUGGAGCCCCAGACCCCAACUGCGUCACUGUGACGGGGCUCCCCGAGAACGUGGAGGAAGCCAUCGACCACAUCCUCAACCUGGAGGAGGAAUACCUGGCUGACGUGGUGGACAGUGAGGCGCUGCAGGUAUACAUGAAACCCCCAGCACACGAAGAGGCCAAGGCACCUUCCAGAGGCUUUGUGGUGCGGGACGCACCCUGGACCGCCAGCAGCAGUGAGAAGGCUCCUGACAUGAGCAGCUCUGAGGAAUUUCCCAGCUUUGGGGCUCAGGUGGCUCCCAAGACCCUCCCUUGGGGCCCCAAACGAUAAUGAUCAAAAAGCAGAAACCUCUCCAGCCUGCUGACCCGAACCCAACCACACAAUGGUUUGUCUCAAUCUGACCCAGCGGCUGGACCCUCCGUAAAUUGUUGACGCUCUUCCCCCUUCCCGAGGUCUCACAGGGAGCCUGGCACCUGGCUGUGUGUGCGGCUGCUCCUCCAGGCCUGGCCGUGCCUGCUCAGGACCUGCUCCACUGUUUAACACUAAACCAAGGUCAUGAGCAUUCGUGCUAAGAUAACAGACUCCAGCUCCUGGUCCACCCGGCAUGUCAGCACUCUGACCUUCAUCACGAGAGCUCCGCAGCUGUGGCUAGGAUUCGACUUCCUGUGUCAUGACCUCAGGAAAUAAACGUCCUUGACUUUAUAAAAGCCAAA